AUGAUAAAUCCAACGAUGGCCAUGAAUCCUUUACUGACGGCACCAGGGCAGCAGAGGAUGCCACUGGUUCCUUCAUCAUUUGAACCUCCAACGGUGGAUCGAGAUUUAUUGUCUUCCACUGUAGCUCCUGCUGACCCAAGACAGUUUUGUGUUCCUUCCCAAUUUGGAUCCUCUGUUCUACCAAAUGCAAAUAUACCGAACGUGCUAUCCAAUCAUGUCUACUCAGGUUGGGGCAUUUUACCACCUGAAUCCAUAAAGGCAAUGGCAAGAAGGAAUGAAAUGAUUCAAAGGCAGCAUACUGCCAGGAUGGAAAUGGAAAUGCAUGCAUUUUACCAGCAAAGGAGAAUAGAAAAAGUGAAUCCCAAGGGACUAGCAGGACCAGGGAUACCAUUCCUCUAUACCUCCAGCAUCCCUCCUGGCCCAGCCAACUACCAUGGCAGGAGCAUGCUCCCUGCCAGUGACCUGCAUUUUCACAGAAGCACCCUGAGAAACCUUCAGGGAACCCCCACGCUAGUGGCAGCUGGUCCACAUUUGCUAGAGAGCUGGGGUCAGAAAUGUCGUCGUCUCAGGAGAGGUGCUGGGAAUCAGAAAGUUCUAGACAGCGAUAUUGAGAGCUCUAAAAGUCAAGGAGAAGAAAAAAUCUUAGGCCAGACUCAUGUGAUUCCCUACGAAGAGGAUGAAUUUGCAAAAGAACCAGAAACCGAAGCUCUCAACAAUCAGAAGUCAAGGGAAACCAAUGAAAAGCCAGCUCUUGGCAACACCUGUGGGGAGCUCGAGCCCACCCAUAAAAAACCUUGGGGAGCUCAUGGUGCUCCCCUAGAAGCAAAGGCCUGGGAUGGUGCAAAGGAGAAGACUUCAGAGCAAGGCUUUGCAGCCUGUGGUGAAAAGAAUGGGGUUUGUCCCCCAAUUCCUCGACCGUCUCUGCCAGGAGCGCACCCACUGGUUACAAUUGGGGAAAAUCUGUCUUUGGAUGAAGAUAUUCAGAAAUGGACCGUGAAUGACGUGCACAACUUCAUUAGGGGCCUUCCAGGUUGUUCAGAUUAUGCUCAGGUAUUUAAAGAUCAUGCCAUUGAUGGAGAAACCUUGCCAUUACUCACCGAGGAGCAUCUUCGCAGCACUCUGGGAUUAAAGCUAGGGCCGGCACUCAAGAUUCAGUCACAGGUAUCUCAGCAAGUGGAAAGUAUGUUGUAUAAGAAAAGUCUUCUACUUCCUACCCAUACAAAACAACCAUUUGAUCAACCAGCAGAUACAUCCCCUCUUUUGGAUUUUAAUUCCUGGGGUGAUACAUUGGAUGUUCCUUGUUCCCAGGAUAUAACAAUUCCUAAAUGAAGCGAACAAGAUAGCAUGAGAAAUUAAAACCCUCAAGGAGCAAGAACAGUCUUUAUCAGUUUUCCAAAGAGUCCAGGACAUUCUGAAGGGCGUGUGAGGGUUUCCCAAGAUGAGAUGGAAGCUGGGAAGAAGAGAAAGCCAGCCCUCCUGGAGCCGUUAAGGAGGCCUUGCCCGAGAGCCUUCCUAAUGUGACUUCAGCCCAAAGUGGCUGCAGGUGUAUCCUUGGAAGCAAAUGCUGAAUGAAGGAGAGCAUUUGCAAACACCAAAAAAGCUACAGUUGGAUGAUUCCAUGAGGAAAUCUCCGAAGAAGCCAAAAGAACCAAUACUGAAAAAAAAAAAAAAAAGAAGAGUUCCUUAUCUCCCUUCACUCAUUUCCCAUCCCCCAACCCAGAAAGAGACCAAGGCAAUCCCGUGGAGUUGAAAGAUGUAGAAGAAAAAGUGGCAAAGUACAAAAAUGAGAAAGAGAAGCUGACCACAAGGCCUCCACUUUUUCUCACUUCAGGCUUCCAGGCUGAAGAAGGACCAAGCCAGGGAAGAACAGAAGGUUUAACCUUUCAGUUCAGAGAGACUGUUAUUCAGCAUUUUCUUUCUGACAUGAAAUUGUCAUGACUCAAAAUAACUCCUAAUUAUCUGAGACCGAGAUGAAAAGUAACAGUACCCACCUCAGAUUUCCCACAAAGGGUGGGGAUAGAGUUAUCUCUGCAAAGCAGGUUUGAAUUGGCUGGAGGGAGGGGAGAAGAUGAAGGUGACUUUCUGCUUGUCCCCGUGGAGUCCCUCUCAACUUUACACUUAACAGAAAGCCU